AUGGGCCUGGUCCUCAUCCCGCUCGUGGCCAUGUACUACACCGCGUUCAAGCCCCUUGUCUUCGCAUUGGGCUUUUACACAAACAUUUCUGAUCCCCAAGAGUAUGUAAACCGUUCAUUCAAUUUCACAUGGCAUACACUUGCUGACUGCAGUAGACAAGCUUCCCUGUCCCCUUUCCUCUCGGAGUACAAAUAUGCAAUGUACUUCUGGCUGGCCAUAGCCAUAAUCACCGUCCUCGAGCCUUUCGUCUCCUCUGCCUUGAUGGCUAUUCGCAACAUCCUGCACAAUCACCACGAGCAGCCCGCUGCAACACACAGCCAGGCCAUCGUCGACGAAAUGAAGAAGAAGUUGUGCAGACUUUUGGGCAAGGUCUAUGGUCAUGGUGUGUUGAUCCGAGAUCUUGGUGAGCAACAAGACUCGCACGCCCUCUCUCUGGCUGGACAUACCACAUCCUUGGGAUAUGUGAAGGUAUGGCUGUCGAGACUGGGCGGCAUAAUCCAGAGGCUCGGUACCAAGAUGGAGGAGGCUGAAAGGAAGUUGUCGAACGUAUCCCAGAUCCUUGUCCAACACGAUGCGGACAUCAAACAACUUGAACAGCACAUCGUGCAUGUGGAUGACGACCAAACCGAUAUCGCAAAUAACGCGUCAAGGACCACCGGAAUACAUAACGACAUCGACCACGUCGCCAACACCAGCAAGCAGGGAGCCCAACUCAUCCGCAAUCGCAUGAAUAUCCAAGAGUCCAAGAUCGAGCAGCUUGAGCACGAGAGUCUGAAGCAGUUCAACAAAAUGAUCAGUCUCAGACACGAGAACUCCAUGCAGGCCACCGAAAUUCACAACCUCAGGUCGGACAGCAAAAAGCAGGCCGCCAGCAUCCGUGACCUCCAGUCCGAAAGCGCCGCUCACGCCACGGGAAUCGCCAACCUCAAGGACGACAACGCAGCCCAAGAGGCCCAAAUCAAGGGCCUCAAGCACGAGAACACGACUCAGGCUGGCGAAAUCCACGACCUCAAGGACCAGCUUGCUGCGCAAGCCACUGAGAUGGACGGCCUCAAGAAGACGCUGGCUGAGGAACAAAAGGACAAGACAUCCAUCAUCACCUUCUGCAAGAAGUACGUCUUCACGCAAAAAAACGCCAACGAGUACUACCAGCGCACCAUCUCGGCCGCCCCGGACAACCAGCUCGCUCCGUACUUCAGCGCAUUGAUGACGGGCAUGAACAUGCAGAUCGCUGUCAUGUGCGAGAUCAUGGGCCGCUUGCAGAUGGGCGAUCCCAGUCUGCCCAAGUACAAGCAGCAGCAACACCAGCUGCAACACCAGCAGCAACAGGCUCGCAAUGCUAUGCAGCCCGGUGUCGGCUAUGGCAUGCAGCAAGGAGGAUACGCUCCGCAGCAAGGUAACUUUGGCACUCAGCAACCCGGCUUUGGUACACCACCACCUCCACUACCACAACCCAACUUUGUCCAGCAGCAAGGUGGUGGCUUUGCUACAUCACCUCUACAGCCCAACUUUGGUGGGCAGCGACCUGGCCUUAGUCCCCAGCAGCCCGGCUAUGGUCCGCAGCAAAGCCAGUACUCUAACCUCGGGUCUCCUGGUGGUUUCCCACCGCACUUCCGGAAGUAA